GAGCAUAUACUCAAAGAAAAAAGGGAUCAACAAGAAAAGGAGCAGGAACAGAAAAGGUCUGUCACAGAGGAGAAGAUCCAACAGUGGCUAAAGAUGAAAAGAGAACAGGAGAAACACCAGCAACUGGUAAAACAGAGUAAAGAGGAGGAGGAGGUACAGAGGCAGCAGAAGAAACAGAGGGAGACCGAACAGAAGGCUCAGCAAAAGUACAAAGACUGGUUGCAUAAGAAGAACCAGGAAAAAAUAGAAAAAGAAAAGAAAGAGAAAGAGCAGGUUGCCCUCAAGGAGGAGCAGGAGAAAGAGCGCCACAAGAGGGCAGACAAGAAGUUUAAAGAAUGGCUGGCAAAAGCCAAUGAAAAAAGCAGAGCAAGCCCCAAGUCACCUUGCUACCCAACAAGUCCCUAUGACAAAUCCUACCCAUCACCCAGCUUCUACAAUCCAGUCCCAUGGAAACCGAUUCAUGUCCCUCCUCCACAAACAUCAUUGACUAAUACAUGUGGCAAGAAACACCAGAAACAAAGAAACAACCAACAAAGCCCUGGCACUGCUUUUAGAUUCAGAAAUACUGUGACUGCAGCACAACUGCUGCAGAGAAGAUGACACAACAUACUGUGGUAAUGUAGCUUAGUUAUGGUUCAUAUAUGAUUUCAUCUCCAGUCAUCCACACUACCACAGCUUCUGGACAGGUGCUCUGCUGAAUCACAGAAGUAUUUCUGCUCUGUAAUGUGGUGGCAGUAAUUAAGACAUGAUCCUACAUGUAUGUCUAAAUUUUGAUGGAGCAGUUAUAAAGAGAUGCACUAGCUUGAAUUUCAAGUGUGAAUCUUCGUGUUUUGGAAUGUUUACAUGAUUUUACAAAGAUGUUUAUAAUUUGUUCUGAUACUUUAAUCUAAAAGCCUGGAUCAUUUUUGGAUUAUAUAAUCUAAUCAAAUUUUUAUUACGAUAAAUAUAGUAUAAUUAUUUUAACUUGUGCUUGUCUUAUUUGUUCCACACUGAGUGGUCAACAAACCCACAUUUUAUAAGGCACCAGCUACACAUGACCACACAAUAGAAAGAAGGUGGUUACUUGUCACAGCCAAAGAUAGACCCGGCUUGGUCAAGUGCCCCUCACACUCUCACAUUGUUCAGUGUCCAGCUGUGCCUUGUUCUUCUGUGGGCUGAGAUGACGACAGAAAUGAAUGAGGGGGUGGAGAGAGAGAAUGUCUGACUGAUUAGGAUUCAGAGCAGUCUGUUCAUUCUGUUAUCAUCUCACUGUGAUGUCAAUGUAUGAAGCCUGAGUGUCCUAGCCUAAAUAGAAAAUCCAUAUCCCAAGAUGCAGUGGUGUAAAUGGGCUGGCAGUUGGAGGUCACGCCUACCAAGACAGUCGACAGGGCCGGAGAUUGAAGACUCUUUUGACUUUCUUUUUAAAAUCAUCCUCGUUGGGGACUCAGAUGUGGGGAAGACCUGUGUGGUCCAGAGCUUCAAGUCAGGCAUAUUCACUGAGAAGCAGCAAAACACCAUUGGUGUCGACUUUACCGUUCGUACCCUGGACGUUGAUGGCAAGAAGGUGAAGAUGCAGGUAUGGGACACAGCAGGACAGGAGCGUUUCCGCACCAUAACUCAGAGCUACUACCGCAGUGCCCAUGGGGCCAUGGUGGCCUAUGACAUCACACGACGUGCCACAUUUGAAUCUGUUCCCCAUUGGAUUAGGGAGGUGGAGCACUAUGGAGCUGCCAGCGUGGUACUGAUUCUUAUUGGUAAUAAGUCAGAUCUCCACUCUCAGAGGCAGGUGUUGUUUGAGGAUGCGUGCACCCUGGCUGAAAACAACGGUGUGCUGGCCGCCCUGGAAACUUCAGCCAAAGAGGCUCAGAACGUGGAGGCGGCUUUCAUCCUUAUGGCCCGGGAGCUGCUGGCACGCAACGGCAUGACCAUGAUAGAUGAAGCCUCUCAAGAUGUGUCUCAGUUCAUGUUGAGUAACAGCUCCCACCCGGUCCAUGGUACUGUCUCUUCAGAUAGAAAGUGUGGAUGUUGAGCGGGCUGAUAGAUUGUUUAAGACUCAUUAGAAAAAUUGUGGAGGCUUAAUGGUGAUGUGUGUUUAAAAGGUUUCUCCACCAGGAAAGAGGUUAUGUAUAUUUACAUAAGCUUAUUAAAAGGAGAAACUACAUACAGUGUGUUGCAUUGUAGAAGAAAAUAGUUUGUUUAAUAUUGGUGGAAUCAGUGUAACAGGUUUUAAAUGGUGCAGUCUGUAAUAUUCUUGUGAGGAUAGCUGCUGCUGAAUGUGCUUUACAGACCACAUCCCUGCUAGAAAACGGAACUAAGACUGUACUACAGCAUACAGUGUUUUCACUCGACAUACAAUUUUUUGUGUUGGAUCCUUUUUAACUGCUCUUUCAUACACUACGGAACAUCAGAUUGCCACAGUUUUAAGACACCUGCAAAUCAAACAUCAUACCUGUUAGUGACAAAUAUAGCCAACCAGCACUUCACUCAUUGUGCCAUGAGUAUAGCCCCAAAAGUUGGGAUGUAUGUAAAAUCAAAACAUAUUUUUUAAAUCAUCUGUGUCUUGGAUUACAUUAAAC